AAACAUCACAUUCUAAAAACGUAAUACAAGAACACAAGAAACAUAGAUAAAUCUCUCAAAAUGGCAAAUAGUUACUUCCUUCCUCUGUUUCUUUCUCUUACCUUCAUCUCUUCUGUCUCAGCUAACUUCCAAAGAGACGUUGAGAUCACAUGGGGAGAUGGUCGUGGACAGAUCAAGAACAAUGGAGAGCUUCUCACUUUGUCUCUAGACAAAUCCUCUGGCUCUGGAUUCCAAUCCAAGAAUGAGUACUUGUUCGGUAAAAUCGACAUGCAGAUGAAACUCGUCCCUGGUAACUCCGCAGGAACAGUCACAACACUCUACUUGAAAUCACCCGGAACAACAUGGGACGAGAUUGACUUCGAGUUCUUAGGGAACCUAAGUGGAGAUCCUUACACACUUCACACAAAUGUCUACACACAAGGCAAAGGAGACAAAGAACAGCAGUUCAAACUCUGGUUCGACCCAACAGCUGAUUUCCACACUUACACCAUUCUAUGGAACCCACAACGAAUCAUUUUCACAGUCGAUGGAACUCCCAUUAGAGAAUUCAAGAACAUGGAAUCUGUUGGUACUCUAUUUCCCAAGAACCAACCAAUGAGAAUGUAUUCUAGUCUCUGGAACGCUGAUGAUUGGGCCACUAGAGGUGGUUUGGUCAAAACCGAUUGGUCUAAAGCUCCUUUCACUGCUUCUUACCGUGGCUUCAACCAAGAAGCUUGUGUUUGGUCAAACGGCAAGUCAUCUUGUCCUAAUGGCUCGGGACAGGGGACCACUGGUUCGUGGCUGUCGCAGGAGCUUGACUCAACGGCUCAAGAAAGGAUGAGAUGGGUACAGAAGAACUACAUGAUCUACAACUAUUGCACGGAUACGAAGAGAUUCCCUCAAGGUCUUCCUAAAGAGUGCUUAGCUGCAUAGAGAGUGAAGAGUUGAGAAAGGAACAAAAUUCUACUUUUUCUUUUUGUUAUUAAAAAUUCUAUUGAUUUGUUUGUAGUGUACUUAUUUGUUAAAGUAAUAUAUUCUAUUACAAUAUCUUUUUAACUUAUUGUCUGCCUUA